GAGGCUGAUGGGUGAAUCUCAAACCGCAGGAAGACAAACCGUGACCGUAGCACCUGGGGCAGAUUUAAUUCAAUAACAUACAAACGUAUGGGUGACGUGAGAUGUUUAUUGGACUUAUUAGAUGGACAUACACACGCACCUAACCCUGCGAACACUUAGCAGUGUGGGACCAAAAUAAUUUCGCUGCACUAGCAGGUGCUGGGAACGGUCCUUUUGUAAUGAUGGAGCACAUCAGAACGCCGAAGGUUGAAAACGUCCGUCUGAUUGACGGAGUGUCUUCCAGGAAAGCAGCGGUGGGCACACUCUACCUGACCGCAACUCACGUCAUCUUUGUGGAAAAUGUGUCGGAGACUCGCAGGGAGACCUGGGUGCUCCACAGCCUGGUGAGUGCCAUCGAGAAACAGGCCACAACCGCAACGGGCUGCCCCCUCCUCGUCCGCUGCAAGAACUUCCAGGUCAUCCAGUUCAUCCUGCCGCAGGAGAGGGACUGCCACGACGUGUACGUCUCUUUAAUGCGCCUGUCGCGGCCAGAGAAGUAUGAAGAGUUAUAUUGCUUUUCGUUCAACCCUAAGGUGGAUAGAAAGGAGAGAGAGCAAGAGUGGAGUUUCAUAGACCUGAGGGCCGAAUACACCCGCAUGGGCGUCCCGAAUUCCCUCUGGCAGGCCACCGGUGUGAACCGCGACUACGGGGUGUGCGACACGUACCCCUCAGAGCUGUAUGUACCAAAGUCGGCCACUCCCGCCGUCAUAGUGGGGAGCUCCCGGUUCCGGAGCCGGGGGAGAUUCCCAGCGCUGGCGUACUACUGCCGGGACAACACCGCCUCCAUCUGCAGAAGCAGCCAGCCCCUGGCGGGCUUCAGCGCACGCUGUCUGGAGGACGAGCAGCUGCUGCAGGCUGUCCUGAAGGCCAACCCGGGCAGCGACUUCAUGUACGUGGUAGACACCAGACCGAAGCUUAACGCAAUGGCCAACAGAGCUGCAGGAAAGGGCUAUGAAAAUGAAGACAACUAUUCCAACAUCAAAUUUCAGUUUAUCGGUAUAGAAAACAUUCAUGUCAUGAGGAACAGCUUGCAGAAAAUGCUGGAGGCGUGCGAGUUCAAGUCGCCUUCCAUGGGCGAUUUCCUCUGGGGUCUUGAGAAUUCUGGGUGGCUGAAACAUAUUAAGGCUAUCCUGGAUGCUGGGAUCUUUAUUGCAAAGGCUGUGGCCGAGGAGGCGGUCAGCGUUCUGGUUCACUGCUCGGACGGCUGGGACCGGACCGCGCAGGUGUGCUCAGUGGCCAGUCUGCUCCUGGACCCUUACUACAGGACCAUGAAGGGCUUCAUGGUGCUUAUUGAGAAAGACUGGAUAUCGUUUGGCCACAAGUGUACUCACAGGUACAACCACCUGGAUGGGGACCCCAAGGAGGUUUCUCCUGUCAUCGACCAGUUCAUCGAGUGCGUCUGGCACCUCCUGGACUGGUUCCCCUGCGCCUUCGAGUACAACGAGAGGCUCUUGGUCCAUGUCCACAGCCACAUCUACUCCUGCCAGUUUGGCAACUUCAUGGGCAACAGUGAGAAGGAGAGGCGGGGCAUGAGAAUCCGGGAGAGGACACACUCUCUUUGGGCUCAUCUGUGGAAGAACAGGGCAAAUUACAUGAAUCCCCUGUACAGACCCGACCACAGUCAGACUCAGGGCGUCCUGCGACCAGAUACUUCUCCCUACUGCUUCAAGUUCUGGGGGGGGAUGUACAACCGUUUUGAGAAGGGAAUGCACCCCCGACAAUCCGCGCUGGAUUUCCUGAUGGCUGUGAAAGAGGAGACGCAGCAGCUGGAGGAGGAGCUGCUGCUCCACGAGGAGAAAAUUGCACUGCUGGAAAAGCAGCAGGUGAAGAGCCGAGCAGCGGGCCAGCUGGUGGACGAGGGUCCAGCAAGGGGUGGCCCCCCGCCUGACAACCUCAUGGCCAACACCCCGCAGGACUACACCGGGGGCGUGGGGGGGUUCCCCUCGCGGAGCCCGUCUCGGCCGCUCGCCGGGGGCGCCCUCAAGCGCUCGGACCCCGACCUGUCGGCCAACAGCGACCAGGAGUCGGGCGUGGCCGACCUGAGCUGCCGCUCCCCCAGCGGCGGGGACUCCCUGCCCAGCGAGGACAGCGUGAGGGACCCCGACUCCGACGAGGCCCCCUGCUCCAGCGCCUGAGUGAGGAGGGCGCAGCGGGCCCGGUUUGAUCUGAACUGGGCAGCUGCUGUACAGAGAGUUUUCCCAUUUAUUGUGAAUUUUAAGAGUAUGGAAUCCCCCUGUCCAACCCUGUAAUGCAGCAACUGUAAAUAUGAUUUUUUUUCCCUGGUUCUUCCAAACCUGAAGCUGCGGUUUUGACCUGACAAUGCCGUGUGAAGCCAUCUCCAGCCAGCGUGACGCACCGCAGUGAGGCGUAAGUUAAGCAGUUUUUUUUAUCAGGUGCAGGUGCAUUUAUGAUAAGUGUUCAAAUUUGAAAAGCUUGGAUAUUUUUUCGUUUUCCCAUGUAAAUGGCCGGGAGAGCAACGGGUUGUAGCAUCAUCAUUGCCUGAGUUAUGAACACGGUUAACUAAAUGUAAGUUGUGGAUCCUCAAGUCCCCACAGGGGGCGAUGAGGAUUCAAGCGGCUACAUCUGGAAAAUGGGCAGUUUUUCACUUGGGGGGGCCAAUAGGAAUCUCGUUUUUAAGCUUUUAAGGUAAGGUGCGAGAAAAUGCAACCAUGAUUUGCCAGUGUGUUUCCAAAGCGGGCCUCCGGUAUAUAACCUUAAAGACUCCAGGCAUUUGUGAUGGUGUUGCGUUGCAGUUGAGGAGACAAGCGAGGGAUUAAUCAAGAACCUUGCGAGACAAAAAUAACAGGAAAAACUAAAGCACUUGUAAUAUCCAUUGUUUUUGUUGAAUGUGUGGUCUGAAGAAUCUUGGAUUGCAAGCUCAGCCACAUAUGGGGAAUUUUAACUGAUAUAAACAAGGUGAGAACUCAGGUGUGCUUAACAAAUCACAAAGCUAGAACAAAUUUGAAUAUGUCUCAAAGAAAAGCUUUAACCAUAUACCUGUAGGAAUUGGCAUAGAGUGGGAUUCUUAAUCCAAGCAAAUGUUAUUUUUAUGAUAAAUAUACGUACUGUAGGUAAUGCCUAAAGAUAAACACUUCAUCUCUUGUUGUGUACUGUGAACUAUUAGACCUUUGCUUAGGAAUUUUAUGCUUAGGUCUGGAUAUUUAUUCUUAAAAUGCUAUACCUGCCUACCUUUUUAUAAGGAGUUUUUAAUCAUUAAUUCAUGACAUUUCCUCUAGGAAACUUCUGAAGUUAUAUUUAAAUGCAUUUUAAUUUGUGAAUUGUGGAAACAUUUUAUUUCUGUAAAACAUGCUUUUGAUAAUGUACUGUAUUGUGCAAAUAUUAAAGCAAAUAAAAGGUUUGUUUAAAAUCCAGCUCACCCCCAAAGUAAUUUCAGUCAUUCUUGAUCUUAUAAAUUGUGAAUAAUGUAUGCCCCUGUGUACUACUCAUCUGUUCCUUGGAAAAUGUGACUGCAUAUAGCCACUUACAGUUUGUAUUUUUAAGUUUAGUAGAAUGUAAAUUUUACAUUAUUUUGAAAGUCUUAUUCUUUCUAAUAUAAUGCUUUUACAGGUUGUGAAAUUGGAAAUUUUGAAUGUGACCUUUAUAAAGACCUUUUUAAAAAUAGAAUCACUUGCAAUGAGAAAAAUGGGUUAUGAGCCAAAGUCCUUGCUAUCCGGUACAAAGUGUAAAUAUUAUCUGUUAGUAAUCGUUACCCUGGUUGUUUGUGAUCACUGAUUUAGACCUGGGUUAGAUUCAUGGAUCUUGAGUUUACAGUAUUAGAGGUCUGGCAGACGAUGUAGGCAUCUUUGGAUUAAUGUAUAACUCUCAUUUACCUGAGAAACGUUUUUAAUUAACUGCUAAGAAAAACGUCCACACUCUUAUUUCAUUAAAAAAAAGUAGAAUCAAAGUUUCCUUUGGUUGGGAUGUACCAGUUAUCACAAAUCAAAAUAAAAUAAACUGUUGCAUGU